UUUUUUAUAAAGCUGCCGUUCUGAUAUUUCCUCCCGAUCAAGCUCCAUAUCCCCGAAAAUGACGUCGCUCAUGGGUAACCAGUCUGGGACUAUCGGAUACUCCUUCUCUGAGCCAACAUCCGCUAAUGUCAAACAACACUCGUUCUACCCUUACACCGAUAAUGGCGGCUCCACCCUCGGCAUCACAGGUGCUGAUUACGCUAUCCUCGCUGGCGACACUCGUUCCACAUCAGGCUACAAUAUCAACUCUCGCAUGGUACCCAAAGUCUUCAAGAUUGGCGGUGAUGAUGAGACCGGCGAGGGAGCUAGUAUCAUUCUUUCUGUUGUUGGUUUCGCCGCAGAUGGAAACGCUCUCAAGGAAAAGCUGGACACCGUGGUGAAGAUGUACAAGUACCAACAUGGGAAAACCAUGUCAGUGGGAGCAUGUGCACAGCGAUUGUCGACUAUCCUCUACGAGAAGCGGUUCUUCCCGUACUACGUACAUGCUAUUCUGGCUGGUCUGGAUGAGGAAGGCGUGGGAGCUUUGUACAGCUACGACCCGGUGGGUUCUUACGAGCGGGAACAGUGUCGGGCUGCCGGUGCGGCAUCCAGCUUGAUCAUGCCUUUCCUGGACAACCAAGUCAACUCCAAGAACCAAUACAUCCCAGGAAGCGGAGAAGGACAUGCCCUUGUGGCCAAAAAGGCCGAGCCUCUGGAUAAGGACACGGCCAAGAAGCUUGUACAGGAUGCCUUUACAAGUGCCGUGGAGAGACAUAUCGAGGUUGGCGAUGGUUUGCAAAUUGUGAUUGUUACCCGGGAGGGAAUCGAGGAGGUGUUCCACGCCCUGAAGCAGGAUUAG